AUGGUUGAGCCGUGCUCCCGCCGUCCUACCCUGUGCCGACUCAUCCUCAAGCUGUAUAGCCCCCGUCCUCCCCCUGUGCCGACUCACCCUCGAGCUGUACACCCGCCGUCCUCACCCUGUGCCGACUCACCCUCGAGCUGUACACCCGCCGUCCUCCCCCUGUGCCGACUCACCCUCGAGCUGUACACCCGCCGUCCUCACCCUGUGCCGACUCACCCUCGAGCUGUACACCCGCCGUCCUCCCCCUGUGCCGACUCACCCUCGAGCUGUACACCCGCCGUCCUCCCCCUGUGCCGACUCACCCUCGAGCUGUACACCCGCCGUCCUCACCCUGUGCCGACUCACCGUCAGCUGUACACCCGCCGUCCUCACCCUGUGCCGACUCACCGUCAGCUGUACACCCGCCGUCCUCACCCUGUGCCGACUCACCCUCGAGCUGUACACCCGCCGUCCUCACCCUGUGCCGACUCACCCUCGAGCUGUACACCCGCCGUCCUCACCCUGUGCCGACUCAUCGUCAGCUGUACACACGCCGUCCUCGCCUGUGCCGACUCACCCUCGAGCUGUACACCCGCCAUCCUCCCCCUGUGCCGACUCACCCUCGAGCUGUACACCCGCAGUCCUCCCCCUGUGCCGACUCACCGUCAGCUGUACACCCGCCGUCCUCACCCUGUGCCGACUCACCGUCAGCUGUACACCCGCCGUCCUCCCCCUGUGCCGACUCACCCUCGAGCUGUACACCCGCCGUCCUCACCCUGUGCCGACUCACCGUCAGCUGUACACCUGCCGUCCUCCCCCUGUGCCGACUCACCCUCGAGCUGUACACCCGCCGUCCUCCCCCUGUGCCGACUCACCGUCAGCUGUACACCCGCUGUCCUCCCCAUGUGCCGACUCACCGUCAGCCGACUCACCGUCAGCUGUACACCCGCCAUCCUCACCCUGUGCUGA